CUGGUCAGUAUACUCAGUUCAGUGGUCAAGUCAUUCGGGUCAGAGCUAAGAAGCGGUCACGAGCAGUUCUAGGUCGUGCAACUCUUCCCUCACCUGAGUAUUUCCGUUGAUCAACAUCUGUGCUUAGUCCAGGCAGUCGUCAAGAUGAUACGGUCAGUGUUGAUACUCCCAAUCCUCCUGCUGACGAUGUCGGUAGAGACGGACGCCAUGAUCAUCUUCGAGAACCCCGAGGCUGCCAAUAUGUCCUCCAACGGUACUCUCUCCUACACGGACCCCUACCGCGCCAGGGUCGACCACCUGAUACAGCGUGCGUUGGAGGAGUUCUCUCUGCGGCUGGAGGCUGCCGUGUCCUCCCAGACUCCGGGACAGAACACAGUCUUCUCGCCACUUAGUAUCGCCUCCGUGCUGGCACUCGUUCUGCUCGGCGCCCGUGGAGUCACUCAUGCCGAGGUCGCUAGGCUCCUGGGUGUAACCGCAGGCAUCAACCUCACUGGCAAGAGCCAUGCUGUUCAUGAGGAGUUGGGUCGACUACUUGAUAUGUUAGAGGAACGGAAGGAAAAGGACGGAACUCAUCUGAGCAUCGCCAAAGGGUUGUUUCUUCAGCACAACUUCCAUAUCAACCAGAGCUUUGUCAACUACACGAGAGACAUUUAUCACAGCGAGGUGCGGGAAUUAGACUUCCAACAGAACCCUCGGGAGGCACUCAAGAUCAUCAACAAAUGGGUUGAAAACCGAACGGAGGGUCAUAUUAAAGAUCUGCUGACACAAGAGCCCGACCUACAGACCAAAGCUGUCAUUGCCAGUGCCCUCUACUUCAUUGGACAGUGGGAGAACCCCUUCUAUCCAGGUGCUACUAAAGUAAAACCUUUCUACGUUGGCAAAGAGGGAGGUAAAAAUUAUAACGAGAUCAUUGACGUGGACUUAAUGGUGAAUGGAGCAGAGAUCCCUUACUACGCAGACCCAGUCCGCAGGUGUACCAUCAUUGGCAUGCCCUACAAGGGUAACAAGAUCACCAUGUAUGUUAUCGUCCCAGACACAGACGUCAAGUCUUUCCUUGAUACGACAAGCGCCUCCGAUAUGGAGCAUCUCAUCAAGAAGACUGAGAAGAGACCAGUUAUCUUCUUCUUCCCUAGGAUGCGCCUUGAGAGCACCAUCAAUUUGGUACCUCCACUGAAAAAGAUGGGAUUAAAGAGUCUCUUUGACAUCCACACUGCCAACCUGACAAACAUCGCGGACGGUAUCUUCGUGAAUGAAGCGGUCCACAAAGUGGAGAUUGACAUCACCGAAGAUGGAACUGUGGCCUCAGCGGCUACUGCAUUUUCCUUCACCAGAGAUGGUUCAAAUCCUGUGGUCAGGGUUGAGAAACCUUUUAUCUUCUUCAUCCGCCAUGAUGAGACAGGCGUUACGCUCUUCUGGGGUACUGUCAUCAAGCCAACUCCUCAUUAUAAGCACACACAGUGAUAGUGACAGGACAUGAUUCUUAUUUCCUCUAACCUGAAAGUUCCUUAAAAUAGCUUAUGUACAGGCAUUUUACUGUAUCAUUUAGUUGUUGUACCUGAUUCUAGGCCUAACAUGACCAAAUGGUAGUUUGCUUUGUUUUAUAUGUAAAUAGUAAUUAGAAUUAGUUUCAAUAAGCCAAAUAGUGUUUUUAAAUAAUCUAUUGUUUAGUAAGUUGCUGAUUUAUUGUUUUCAUAACUAAUUUUUGAAUGCAUCAAAUCAAAAUCAAUAGUAGGGUCUUCAAAUUCAUGUUACUUUUUAAACCACAUUUUAAGUGUGAUUUGUGUAAAUGGUUAGUAUUUAAGAGUGAUGUAUAUAAAAAUUACUAUAUUAUUGUAUUCUAUGUGAUUUAUUAUUUCUUGCCCUUUUAUUUAUAUAAAAUGUAGGGCUUAUGUGAUAUUCCAUAGAACUUAUAGUAAGUAUAAUGAUGUCAAUGUAAAUAAAUAAUUUCUUAAUCAAUUA